GCCUAGUUAAAUAAAAGAAAGAGCAGAUGCCUAGAUACCUGCACAGUUCACAGAAAUUAGGCUAAUCUCCCAGAGAUGUCAUCUAGCCAUGUUUCUAACUCUUCAAUUCUCUGUGCAGUACUCAGAAUUCGUGUGUACUGCAUAUUACAUAAGAAUAUGAAGUUUGGUCAUACAUGUGGCUACUGUCACUCACUGAGUGCUGUCUUUUUGUGCUUCUAUUGGCCCUGUAGAAAGAAAAGUUUUACCAAUCAGUGUGUUUUGUCAGUACUCUAAUGGGUGGUCAGGUCUCUGAAUUGGGCUGAAUUGUUGUGACAAUGACAUUGUGUGUGGGAGUAGGUUGGUGGUCUGACUGGGCUGGGCUAGGCUGUAGUGGGGCUAGGCAGGCGUCAGACUUCUCAUCUCCACAGGAAGUCUGUCUGUUUUAUCUGUCUUCCUCACUGAACACAAGCAGCAACAGAUCGCCAACUCCCAGUCUUGUGGGAAUGAGUGAGGAGGGCAGGGAUGGUAGCCUGUAUUCUCAGGAAUAUGUUCUUUAGAAUAUGUUACAAAAUAAACGUUGCAAGUAACAAAGUUGGCAAUAACGAACUCAUGUGGAUUCUUCAAUCCUACAGCUUUUUAUGUGCUUUAUUUAUUACAUAUUCCUGAAAUAGAAUGACCAUCCAGAGAGAAGGGCUAUUAGGUUCCUUCCAAUGUUCCUUUUAGGGAGACCACCAGGAGCAGGAGACACAGGGUAUAGUGUUGAGCCUACUGGGAGACAGGAGCUGGAGAUACAGUGUUGAGCCUACUGGGAGACAGGAGCUGGAGAUACAGUGUUGAGCCUGCUGGAGAUACAGUGUUGAGCCUACUGGGAGACAGGAGCUGGAGAUACAGUGUUGAGCCUACUGGGAGACAGGAGCUGGAGAUGCAGUGUUGAGCCUACUGGGAGACAGGAGCUGGAGAUGCAGUGUUGAGCCUACUGGGAGACAGGAGCUGGAGAUGCAGUGUUGAGCCUACUGGGAGACAGGAGCUGGAGAUACAGUGUUGAGCCUACUGGGAGACAGGAGCUGGAGAUGCAGUGUUGAGCCUACUGGGAGACAGGAGCUGGAGAUGCAGUGUUGAGCCUACUGGGAGACAGGAGCUGGAGAUGCAGUGUUGAGCCUACUGGGAGACAGGAGCUGGAGAUGCAGUGUUGAGCCUACUGGGAGACAGGAGCUGGAGAUGCAGUGUUGAGCCUACUGGGAGACAGGAGCUGGAGAUGCAGUGUUGAGCCUACUGGGAGACAGGAGCUGGAGAUACAGUGUUGAGCCUACUGGGAGACAGGAGCUGGAGAUACAGUGUUGAGCCUACUGGGAGACAGGAGCUGGAGAUACAGUGUUGAGCCUACUGGAAACAGGCAGCCAGCGCCACCUCCUCCUCCUCUAAGAUAAGCCAUGAUCCCCAUCACUGAGCUGCGUUACUUUGUAGACUGCCAGCCGGCCUACCGCAUCCUGAAGCCAUGGUGGGACGUCUUCACCGACUACAUCUCCAUCGUCAUGCUCAUGAUCGCCGUGUUCGGGGGCACUCUGCAGGUCACCCAGGACAAGAUGAUCUGCCUGCCCUGCAAGUGGGUGGUCAACCAGACCUGCAGGAGGUAUUUCAACGCUACUCUGUCGGCCCCGCUCUUGUUGGAGCCCAAAGGGAUCCAAUACAACCUGGAUCGCCACCAGUACAACUACGUAGACGCUGUGUGCUACGAGAACCGCCUGCACUGGUUUGCCAAGUACUUCCCCUACCUGGUGCUACUGCAUACCCUCAUCUUCCUGGCCUGCAGUAACUUCUGGUUCAAGUUCCCCCGGACUAGCUCCAAACUGGAGCACUUUGUGUCCAUCUUACUCAAGUGUUUUGACUCUCCUUGGACCACCAGGGCUCUGUCUGAGACGGUGGUGGAGGAGCGCGACCCCAAGCCCCACAAGAUGAACGGCUCCAUGGAUAAGAAGGCAUCGUGUGUCAGCGAGGACGUGGAGGCCAGCGUCCCCAUGCUGCAAAAGACAAAGUCUCGCCUGGAGCAGGGGAUCGUGGACCGCACUGAGACAGGCGUCCUGGAUAAGAAAGAGGGGGAACAGGCAAAAGCUCUGUUCGAAAAGGUGAAAAAGUUCCGCUUACACGUGGAAGAGGGAGACAUUGUGUACAGGCUUUACAUCCGACAGACUAUUAUCAAAGUCAUUAAGUUCAUUUUUAUUAUCUGCUAUACGGGGUAUUAUGUGCACAAUAUUCAGUUCAGUGUGGACUGUAGUGUGGAUAUAGAGAGCCUCACAGGGUACAGCAUGUAUCGUUGUGCCCAUCCUCUGGCCACGCUGUUUAAGAUCCUAGCCUGCGUCUACAUCAGCUUAGUGGGGGUUUACGGCUUAAUUUGCAUGUACACUCUCUGUUGGAUGCUGCGGCGCUCGCUGAAGAAAUACUCCUUCGAGUCGAUACGAGAGGAGAGCAGUUACAGCGACAUACCGGACGUGAAGAACGACUUUGCUUUCAUGCUGCACAUGAUUGACCAGUACGACCCUCUGUACUCCAAACGCUUUGCUGUCUUCCUGUCCGAGGUGAGCGAGAACAAGCUGCGGCAGCUCAACCUGAACAACGAGUGGACUCUGGACAAACUGAGGCAGAGAAUCACCAAUAACUCCCAGGAGAAACUGGAGCUGCACCUCUUCAUGCUGAGCGGCAUCCCAGACACAGUGUUUGACCUGAUGGAGCUGGAGGUGCUGAAGCUGGAGCUCAUCCCAGACAUCACCAUCCCUCCUAUCAUCGCCCAGCUGGUCAACCUGAAGGAGAUGUGGCUGUACCAUACCCCUGCUAAGAUCGAGGCUCCCGCCUUGGCCUUCCUCAGGGAGAACCUCAAGUCCCUCCACAUUAAGUUCACCGACAUCAAGGAGAUCCCUCUGUGGAUCUACAGCCUGAAGAACCUGAGCGAGCUGCACCUGACGGGGAACCUGAGCGCAGAGAACAACCGAUAUAUUGUUAUUGAUGGGCUACGGGAGCUGAAGAGGCUCAAGGUGCUCCGGCUGAAGAGUAACCUGACCAAGCUACCUCAGGUGGUGACGGACGUGGGGGUGCACCUCCAGAAGCUGUCAGUCAACAAUGAGGGCACCAAGCUGAUGGUCCUCAACAGCCUGAAGAAAAUGGUGAACCUGACUGAACUGGAGCUGAUCCGCUGUGACUUAGAACGCAUCCCGCACUCCAUCUUCAGCCUGCACAAUUUGCAGGAGAUUGACCUCAAGGACAACAACCUGAAGACCAUCGAGGAGAUCAUCAGCUUCCAGCACCUGCACCGGCUGGUCUGCCUUAAACUCUGGUACAACCAGAUCGCCUACAUUCCCAUCCAGAUCGGCACCCUCAACAACAUGGAGAGGCUCUAUCUGAACAGGAACAAGAUCGAUAAGAUCCCCAGCCAGCUGUUCUACUGUCGGAAGCUGCGCUUCCUGGACCUGAGCCACAACAACCUCACCUACAUCCCAGCAGACGUGGGAUACCUGCAGAACCUCCAGUACCUGGUAGUCACUGCUAACAGAAUUGAGACCCUGCCCAACGAGCUGUUCCAGUGUAAGAAGCUCCGUACUCUGAACCUGGGUAACAACUGCCUGACGUCUCUGCCGUCACGCUUCGGGGAGCUGACGGGCCUGACCCAGCUGGAGCUGAGGGGGAAUAGAUUGGACUGUCUGCCCGUGGAGCUGGGGGAAUGCAGGCAGUUGAAGAAGACGGGCCUGGUGGUGGAGGAGGACCUCUUCAACACCCUGCCCACCGAGGUGAAGGAGCAGCUGUGGAAGGUGGACAAGGAGACUGCCUGAGUAGAUAGGGCGUUGGAGGAUGAUAACUCAGUCGAAACAGACACAGGCCGGACACCUGGAGGACUGAAGAGGACUAGAGAGGACUACACAGACUCGGACAGCUCGCUAACAGCGCAGCCCCUGCUCACUGACUGUACUCUACUCUACUGCAGGGAUGCUUUUUAAGGGAAUCAAAGUCCCACUGCCAUGCCACUUUUUUUUCCAGACGUAAAAAAAUAUACAAAAAAGUCUGCCAUGGGAUACAUUUACAUUUUAGUCAUUUAGCAGACGCUCUUAUCCAGAGCGACUUAUAGUAGUGAAUGCAUACAUUUCAUACAUUUUUGGUUCCGUACUGGUCCCCCGUGGGAAUCGAACCCACAACCCUGGCGUUGCAAACACCAUGCUCUACCAACUGAGCCACACGGGACACGAUACAGUGUGUGCUUUGAACAAGAUGAGAGAUGUCAACUCUGCAGGUGGGCAGUGUAAAUGUCAUUCAGGCAGGGUAUAUUAUCCUGUUACAUACAGUACAAUAGGCCCCCCCUUGAUAGAUUCUAGUCCAUAGGGUGCUAAGUGGCAAUAGUUAGUUGCCCACUCUCAGUAUGUGCCAUGAGAGAUGGUGUAUAGCAACUGUCAGCAAUGACAGGAGGAAGAAGCUCCAUUAAAGGAGGAUUCUCCAAGAUCUCUGGUCCUGUGCUCAUUACUCUAGUGUGUGUGUGUGUGUGUGUGUGUGUGUGUGUGGUCUAUUACUUAAGGAAUUCAUAACAGAAAAUAUCUUAAAUGGGGAAUUUUCCACUCAAAAUUGGACAGACCUAGCUGAAUUUGUCAAAUAAAAUAAUGUUGUAGCGGCCAGGUCUUUAUUCCUUGCUCACUGACUGACAUUUUAGUUAACACGUUUUAUAAAGUGCUUAAGAACAGCCCUUAGCUGUGGUAUAUUGGUCAUAUACCACACCCCCUCGGGCCUUAUUGCUUAAAUACAGCAGUGUUUUUUUUUUCAGUGGCAAUUCGGCAAAUUGUUGUUUUAUCAGUAAGUUAUGUCAAAGUAAACGUAGCCGCCGACUGCUAUACAAUCCAUUUAUAUUACUCCUCCUAUACAUCAGCACUGGAAUGUGCUGCUUAAAUUAGAUAAAAUGUCUGUAAGCAGCUGGAGAAUUGUAACCACUCUCAAAUUCAUUGGCGGAGCCAUGCAACCAUGGACUAAGCAUUCUCAGUCUCAAUGGAAAUUCUCCUUUUGAAAGAGGUUUUUAUUCCAGGACUAAGAUUAAUCUGAGUUAUAUUAUUCAAGAAUCAAUGGGUGUAUAUCAUUAAUUUAUAAGUCCACAAAUAGAUAUAGCAAUUGCAGAUAGACCCUUUCCUCAGCAAUCCACUGCUGAUGACAUUGACAAUCAACUCUUAUUUCAUGGUGUUAUCUCAGACAUACUUGUCUCUUAAUGGAAUUAUGCAAAUAUUCAUGCUAGACUAGAUAGUGAGACAAGACUAACAGAAGGGAUCUGUUUUUUAGACAGACUAGUCCAGGCCUAAAACCAUUCUCAGUCUCAAUGGAAAUUGUCCUUUGAAAUAGGUUUUUAUUCCAGGACUAAGCUUAAUCUGUGUCUUGGAAUUGGAGUUAUAUUAUCCAAGAAUCAAUGGGUAUAUUUCAUUAAUUUAUAACUCCACAAAUGGAUAUAGCAAUUGCAGAUAGCCCCUUUAAGCAUAUUUCAUAGUUAUGUUGUCAGGGAUCAUUUUUGUUUUUUGCGUUCAAAGUAACCACACAUACGAAAUAUAUUGUACUGAACAAAUAUAUAUAUAUAUAUAUAUAUAAGCAACAUGUACAACUUUCAAAGAUUUGACUGAGUUACAGUUCAUAUGAGGAAAUCAGUCAAUUGCAAUAAAUUCAUUAGGUCCUAAUCUAUGGAUUUCACAUGACUGGGGAUACAGGUAUGCAUCUGUAGGGGCGUGGAUCAGAAAACCAGUCAGUAUCUGGUGCGACACAUCUCCUUCACAUCAGGCUGUGGCCUGUAGAAUGUUGUCCCACUCCUCUUCAAUGGCUGUGCAAAGUUGCUGGAUAUUUGGUGGAAACUGGAACACGCUGUUGAUUCAGAGCAUCCCAAACCCCACCGCCACAAUGGGGCACUCUUCACAACGUUGACAUCCGCAAACCACUCGCCCACAGGACGCCAUACAUGUGGUCUGAGGUUCUCAGGCUGGUUAGACCUGCCAAAUUCUCUAAAAUGACAUUGGAGGUGGCUUAUGGUAGAGAAAUGAACAUUCUCUGGCAACAGCUCUGGUGGACAUUCCUGCAGUCAGCAUGCCAAUUGCACGCUCCCUCAACUUGAGACGUCUAUUGCAUUGUGUUGUGUGACAAAACUGCACAUUUUAGAGUGGCCUUUUAUUGUCCCCAGCACAAGGUGCACUGGUGUAAUGAUCAUGCUGUUUAAUCAGCUUCUUGAUAUGCCACACCUGUCAGGUGCAUGGAUUAUCUUGACAAAGGAGAAAUACUCACUAACAAGGAUGUAAUCAAAUUUGUGCAUAAAAAAAUAUGGAACAUUUCUGGGAUCUUUUUAUUUCAACUCAUGAAACAUGGGACGAACACUGCAUCUUGCCUUUAUAUUUCUGUUCAGUGCAUUAACAAUAGCUACCGGGAUGGCAUUAGCAUUACGUGGAUUAAUGGCAGUAUUUGAAUUGAAUGGUCAUAUAAGGUUGAAUUCAAUCAAACCCACAUUAUAGUAUUUCCAGUUCUGUGCUCUAUAUAAUACAGCAUAUUAUAAUUGAGGCCACUGAAUAAACAAGAUUAAUCACAAUAGACAGAUUUGAUUCAAUCUGUCCCUUUGUCAGGCUACCCGAGUGGAGCAUAGCCAUCACUAUGAAGGGAUCUUGCUGAUUACAUUAUAUUCAUUUUCAGAAUUAAGGACCAAAAUUGAGUUAGGAUUUGAAAUAACAUUUUAUUGGUCACGUACACAUAUUUAGUAGAUGUUUUUGCCAGUGUAGUGAAAAGCUCCAAUGGCGCAGUAGGAUCUACACAUACAUUUAAAAAAUGAAAUUAAGAAAUAUAUCAAAUUUAGGACAAGCUUUGUCGGAGUGGCAUUGACCAAAAUACAGUAUAUACAUAUGAAAUGAGUAAAACAGGAUGUAAACAUUAAAGUGAUUAGUGUUCCAUAGGUACUUUGGCCUUAUUAACUUGUACUUAAAGAUGGGGAUCGAUGUUCAAGUUGAUCCUUUAUGUGUGGGUGCCAUAUUGAGCUACCGGUUACUACUGUUCAUUAGUGUUGAUACGCAACCAUGAAUGGGGCUCUAUGCUCUAGUUAAGAGGUUGUUAGUGUGCAGCUGAAAUGGCACCCUAAGUAAUGCGCUGUAGGGAAUAGGAUGCCAUUUCAGAUGCACCCUUCAGUUGAGUUUUCAUUUCAAACUAGUCAUUCUAGCUGUUAUGAGUCUGACAACCAAAUAUCUGAUCCUCAUAGGUCAUUCCAUAUCCAUCUAAUUGUUCUUCAACUUCUAACUUCUAUUCAAUUUCUAUUUUUGUGAGUAAAAUUCUGUUACACACCCCCCCCCGGCAUUUCUGGGUUUGUCUCAGUGAGCAUGAUGAUGUUGCGAUGAUUGCGGACUUCUGUAUGCUAGGUCAACGCAUGGCUCUAACACAGCAACACACCACGUGCAUAGAGGAGCUGUCUUGUCAUCAGGAAACAGGGAUUAUAACACAAUUGCAAAGAACAUUGCUGUGGAUAACAUGGAGAUUAACAAAAUAUGCACAGUGAUUUUAUGACUGAAGGACAACACAAACAACACCGGAAUGAUGGCUGGCUAUGUAAAGCUGUUCUGCAAUUGCUUGUCUAUCGCACUUGAUGAUGGCCAAGUGCAAGAAGUUAAGAAGAUGUAAAGCUAUAGGAAGACAGGCUCGUUGUAAUGGUUGGAAUGGAAUUAAUGGAACGGAGUCAAACAUGGAAACCACAUGUUUGACUGCAUUCCAUGAAUUCCAGUCCAGUCAUUACAAUGAGCCCAUCCUCCUAUAGCUCCUCCCAUCAGCCUCCACUGGUAUUUAUGUUCUUAAAAGGUUAUUAUGACAUGCACGUUUCCUCAGCAAUCCGCUGCUGAUGACGUCGACAAUCAACUCUUAUUUCAUACUUGUCUCUUUAUGGAAUUAUGCAAAUAUUCAUGCAAGACUAGAUAGUGAGACAAGACUAACAGAAGGGAUCUGUUUCCUAGACACAGAUUUGUCCAGGACUAAAAAGCAUUCUCAGUCUCAAUGGAAAUUCUCCUUUGAAAGAGGUUUUUAUUUCAGGACUAAACUUAAUCUGUGUCUGGGAAACAGCCCCUAAGACUGCAGCCCAUCAUCAAGUGUGAGGUGUCUUGGAGAAAGUGUGUCCCCCUUGUGUCCUGUGCACCGCUUGUGAUUGGAUGGUCAGUAUGGAAACUAUGCAUUCGGUGCACAGUUUGUGUUGAAGUCUGUUAAUCGUUGUGUCAUCCCAUAGAAAUCUAUUUAAAUAAGGGCUUUUAUUUGUUUUAAAUCUACUAUCACUCAAAUUAAUCUUCUUGAAGCCAUUAGUAUUUUUGUAGAUUUUCAGAGCGUGUCUACAUUUUUUAUUUUCAAUUUUAUUUUGUAUUUUGUGUUCUGUAUAGGGUAGCAUAAUCAAGUGGUGAAUGUAAUAGCUAAUUAUGAUAGUUAUUCAUUAGAAAAAUAGUUGCACUUACACAUUUUUCUGACCAUUUUUUUUUAAGUGUUGACAGUUAUUAUUAGUACAGUACACUAUAACCUCAGGAAAUGUACAUUUCAGUUUUAUCCUUGCAUAUUUUUGGUGUUGCUUUAAUAGCAUAUUUUUUUUAUUCCACUCAUUAUUUUUAUGUUCAUUUAAACAGUUGUUAUACCACACAUUUUUUAUAAUUAUAUACGUUUUGAAAAAUGUUCUAGUCAAUAUGAUUUAAUAUAUUUAAUAUUAAUUGCAGCUUCAAAAUUAUAUUUAGAACUUUGAAAAAUAAAAAUAAAACACUUUUGUUUCUGAAAUCAUACAUCACAUAUGUGUCAAUCGAUAUAUUUGUAUUGUUUCCUAUGUUGCUCACUUUAAUUAAGAGUAUGGAAGAAAUUGAUGUGUACAGUAUAUGAUUUAGAGCCAUCAUAGAUGUAAAGUAGACCCUACUCCUACCGCAUCCCAUGUAGUUCUAUUUAUAAACUGGAAUGUCAUCCUCCAACAUGUUUUUUUUUUUACACCAUAUUUUGUUUUUAUUCAAAUUCCUCAUCUAAGAGACUGACAACCCCCAUUUUACUACUAGUAAGUAGUGUAUCAGCAGUAUUAACUUUGUUGCCAAAAAAAUCUCCCAGCACUUCAGGAAAAUAACAUUGCUAUUUUGUUUACAUGACAUGAUGUUGUGAACUGUCUAUUUGAUCCUAAUUAUGCCCUAAAGUCAUCAUUCCUCUUGUGAAAUUACAGUAUAAUAAACUUAAUUACGCACAUA